AUGAUCCUUCACGCUUCCCUGGGAACCAUCUCCAGCGUUUUAGCACCUUUUGCGAGCUCCAUCGCCGGCAAUGCCACCCGCAGCACCCCUCCAAUCGCCCUGUCCGGCAUCGGAUCCAUCUCGGGGACCCAGGUCACCCAAACGUUGAGCGGCCACGCACUGCCUCGCCCCGUCGAUGCGUGGCUCGGCGUAGACUAUGCCAUCCAGCCCGUGGGCGAGAACCGUUUCCGACCCGUUCAAGGCGCGCCGGCGCCGUUCUCUGGCGUUCGGAGCGCCGAACGGUACGGACCAGCUUGCGUCCAGGAUCCCGCGCACGUCGACUUGCACGAACAGGACGAGGCUUGCCUCAACUUCAAUGUGUAUCGGCCCGCAGACGUGCCCUUGAGGCAAAAGCUACCGACACUUGUGUGGAUCCACGGAGGGGGCUUCGUGCUGUACUCGGCGCAGUCCAUGGACGGCGCGUCGUUCGUGGCGUCGUCCCGCGAGCCGCUCAUGGUCGUGACGUUCAACUAUCGCCUCAACUCCUUUGGCUUCCUCCCGAGUAAGCUUUUCGAGCGGCAGGGCCUCCUGAACCUCGGCCUGCGGGACCAAACGUUCUUUCUCGAAUUCCUACAAGAUCACCUAUCGGAGUUUGGCGGCGAUGCCGAGCAAAUCACCCUGGGCGGGCUUUCGGCCGGGGCCCAUUCCACGGCGUUUCAGUACUUUCACAACUACGGCACCGGCAGAGGCAAACCGCUUUUCGCGAGAGCGUUCAUGCAGUCUGGAGCGGCCACGGCCCGAGCGUUUCCGUCAGUCGACUACCCGCGCUACAAGAGCGAUUUUGCCAGUCUCAUGAGCCACAUUGGAUGCGCCACCAAUGUCAGUGACGACGAGCAACUCAGCUGUCUCCGCAAGGCGCCCGCCCGAGACAUUGAACAGAUCACGUCGGAGAUCUAUGCAGAGGCAGAGCCCAAUCUCAACUGGCCGUGGCAGCCUGCGUUGGGCGGCGCGCUCCUCGAGCACGCGGGCUCACGAUCGCUCACCGAGGGCACCUUUCACCACCUCCCGCUGGUGACGAGCCAUACGACCGACGAAGGCAAGCUAUAUACCCCGGGACACCUGCAGACAAAUGACGACUUCAUCGAGUUUUGGCAUCGCAUGAGCCCCGGGCUGAACAGAACCGACCUCGCCAUCUUGAACGAGCUGUACCCGGAUCCCAUAGCGCACCCCGAGUCCGCUUGGUCAGGCUCCCCAAACAGCACCCAAUACAAUCGUCUCUCGGCGUCGUGGUCGGACAUGGCCUACAUUUGCCCCAGCCGGCAGACGGCGCAGCACACGUCCCGUGCGGGCGUGCCGACGUGGAGGCUACGCUUCAACACACCCGCAGACCCCUUGAACGCGCAAUCGUGGAAGGGCAUCCCGCACGCAUCCGACAGGUCCUACCUGUGGAACGAUCCUAGCCUGCCGUUCAAGGAGACGGCGAGGCUCUAUCACGCAUACAUGGCAAGCUUCGUGGCCACCGGGGACCCCAACAAGCUGCGAGAGAGCGACGCCGUGGAGUGGCCUUUGUACGAGGCAGACAGUGCCAGUGGGCCGAGCCAGGUCGUCGUGAACCCCGGGUCGGUGGAUGUGGAAAAGGACGAGAUGAGGAUCAGGCAGUGUGAGUUUUGGAACGACAUCGACAGGGCACACCGGCUGAACAAAUAG